AUGAUGACGUCUCUUUCUCUUUCUAUUUCUGCCUCUUUUACAGGACGAGAUGAAGUAGCGAUAUCUAGCGCAUUUUCUCGUAUUCCUGAACAGAAAAUUUUAAAUUCCAGCCUGCUUUCUAUUGAUUCUACAACCGGAGUCUUAAAAGAGAAUAUACAAUUGAAGUCCUCGGCUAUAAAUGACAUAAAAGGAAAAACGGUUGAAGAUCCAACAAUUCUGACAUAUUUCCUUGCAUCAGGAUUUGACAGUCCCUUUAAUUUACUUCUUGUAACUUCCAUAGUGCAUUUGUAA